GCGUGGGGUGCGCAGUGUCCGGCGCGCGCGGGCUGCUCGCGGGGCCCGCAGGGGCAGCAUGGUGUGCGCUCGGGCGGCCCUGGGGCUCCGCGCGCUCUGGACGGCGGCCUGGGGCGUCCUGCUGCUCACCGGGCCGGCUGGGGCGCAGCGCGGCAGGAAGAAGGUGGUGCAUGUGCUGGAAGGUGAGUCCGGCUCGGUGGUGGUGCAGACGGCCCCCGGGCAGGUGGUGAGCCACCGCGGUGGCACCAUCGUGCUGCCCUGCCGUUACCAUUACGAGGCGACCGCCGACGACCACGAUGGCGUGCGCCUCAAGUGGACCAAGGUGGUGGACCCGCUGGCCUUCGCCGACGUGUUCGUGGCCCUGGGCGCCCAGCAGCGGGCGUUCGGCAGCUACCGCGGGCGGGCCGAGCUGCAGGGCGACGGGCCCGGGGACGCCUCGCUGGUGCUGCGCAAUGUGACGCUGCAGGACUACGGGCGCUACGAGUGCGAGGUCACCAAUGAGCUGGAGGACGACACGGGCAUGGUCAAGCUGGACCUAGAAGGCGUGGUCUUCCCUUACCACCCGCGCGGGGGGCGCUACCAGCUGACCUUCCGCGAGGCUCAGCGCGCCUGCUCGGAGCAGGACGGGAUCCUGGCGUCGGCCGAGCAGCUGCACGCGGCCUGGCGCGACGGGCUGGACUGGUGCAACGCCGGCUGGCUGCGAGACGGCUCGGUGCAGUACCCCGUGAGCCAGCCCCGGGAGCCCUGCGGGGGCCGGGCCGGGCCUAGCGGCGCCUCGGCGGGCGUGCGCAAUUACGGGUACCGCCACGACGCGCGGGAGCGCUACGACGCCUUCUGCUUCACCUCCAACCUGGCGGGCCGCGUUUUCUUCCUGAAGCCCCUGCGCCCCGUGGCCUUCGCGGGAGCCGAGCGCGCUUGUGCGGCGCGCGGCGCGGCGGUGGCCAAGGUCGGGCAGCUGUUCGCUGCGUGGAAGCUGCAGCUGCUGGACCGCUGCACGGCGGGAUGGGUGGCCGACGGCAGCGCCCGCUACCCCAUCGUCAACCCGCGCGCGCGUUGCGGAGGGCCCCGGCCCGGCGUGCGCAACCUCGGCUUCCCCGACGCCGCGCGCCGCCUCUUCGGCGUCUACUGCUACCGCGCGCCCGGCGCGCCCGACCCCGCGCCCGGCGGCUGGGGCUGGGGCUGGGCCGGCGGCGGUGGCUGGGCCGUCGGCGCGCGCGACCCCGCCGCCUGGACCCCGCUGCACGUCUAGGGUUCCCCGCGGGGCGCUGGCCCGGCCUGGAACACUGACCCGACCGCGCGCCCCGAGGUCCCUUGGAGUCAGUCACCUGGACUCCGAUCGACUCCCAUCCCCUGGACAGUGGCGACCCCACCUCCGACUCUCUCCAGGGUUUGUGGACCCCUCCCCAGAGAGGGGGAGCCUGGAGGCUGGACCCCCCAGGAUUUUAUGGAGAUCUGCCAAGCGCCCUCUGCUGCUUCUUGAAGAGGGAGGGCUGGUCCUUGGCUGUUCUUUUUAGGGGACACUGAAAUCAUCCCCUCCAUGAUCCGCCUGCCCUGAAGUUGGCAACCUCUCUCUCUCUGGUCAGACUCCCAAAGGUAGAGAAUGUGGGCACCUGCAGUGACUCGGAUUUU